CUGAUGUGCGCUGUUGUCAUGUGAAAUGCGCAUGACAUUUUCGUUGGCGCAUGUCAUAUACAGUUUUGUUGGCCGGUCUUGGUUGGAGCAAGAUAUAUUAAAAAGGAAGCCAUUAAAAUUUAAUUUGCUGACUCUAUUUUACUGCAAAAUGCAGUACACCAACAAUGUUUUCCACAAUAAUUCAAUGCACAGGUCAAGACCAGAUCGCAACGAACAAUUUGGAAAGCAGUCAAACUAUUGGUGUGGACCACCUCAGCACACAAUGGCACCAGUUCAAGAUUUUGGCGGGCCAAACACAAGACAGUACAAAAACAAAUCUCAGCCAGAAGAUCAAGAAUUAACCAUGCCAAUUUGGUCGGAAACAGAACUUAAACCAUUUAAAAAGAACUUUUAUAUUGCACACAAUAACAUAAAAAAUAGGCAAACCCAUGAAGUUGACAAUUACAGGGAAAAUAAGGAUAUAAUCGUCAGAGGAACUAAUGUGCCUCAGCCAAAUGUAUGCUUUGAGGAGAACAGUUUCCCUGAAUAUGUGAUGCAAACUCUAAUGAAACAGGGAUUCAACGAACCGACCGCGAUUCAGUCGCAGGGCUGGCCCAUUGUACUUUCUGGCAGAGAUUUGGUAGGCAUUGCUCAGACUGGUUCUGGCAAAACGUUAGCCUACAUGUUGCCUGCAACAAUUCACAUUAACAGCCAAUCAAGGCCUUUAAGAGGAGAAGGACCAAUUGCACUUAUUCUUGCUCCAACCAGAGAACUCGCCCAACAAAUUCAAAAGGUAGCGCACGAGUUUGGAUCGACCACCAUGAUCCGCAACACAUGCAUUUUUGGAGGAUCGCCCAAAGGUCCACAAGCCAGAGAUUUGGAGAGAGGAGUCGAAAUUGUGAUUGCCACGCCUGGAAGGUUAAUCGAUUUUUUGGAAAAAGGGACCACUAACCUACACAGGUGUACCUACUUAGUAUUGGAUGAGGCUGACAGAAUGUUGGAUAUGGGAUUCGAACCUCAAAUCAGGAAGAUCAUUCAGCAAGUGCGCCCAGACAGACAGGUUCUUAUGUGGUCAGCCACUUGGCCAAAGCAGGUGCAAGCCUUGGCGGAAGAAUUUUUAGUCGACUACGUCCAGGUCAACAUUGGCGGUCUUUCCUUGUCCGCUAAUCACAACAUCAAGCAAAUCGUCGAGGUUUGCGAUGAAUCCGAAAAGGAAGAGAAACUGUCUAAAUUGCUUAAGGAAAUUGGAUCUGAUCGUAACAACAAAAUCAUCGUAUUCGUGGAAACCAAGAAGAAAGUCGACGACAUCACCAAAAGCAUAAAACGCGACGGAUUCGCGGCCAUUUGCAUCCACGGCGACAAGUCGCAACCCGAAAGAGACUACGUGCUGGGCGAAUUUAGGAGCGGAAAGUUCUCCAUCCUGGUCGCCACCGACGUGGCCGCUCGCGGUCUGGACGUCGAGGACGUCAAAUACGUCAUCAACUAUGACUACCCCAAUUCGUCAGAAGACUACGUACACAGAAUUGGCAGAACCGGCCGUUGCCAGCAAGCCGGCACCGCAUACGCCUUCUUCACCGCCAACAACCAGAGGCAAGCCAAAGACUUGCUGGCCGUGUUGGAAGAAGCAGGCCAAGUAGUUUGCCCACAGUUGCAAGAGCUCGCCCAAUCGGCGCGAUCGGGCCAAAACGGCCGCAACCACUGGCGCAACAACAACCGCAACAAAGACAACACCUCGCCCAGUUCGCAAAACAACAAAACCUGGACCAACAAGAGCAUGAACGGCGGCGAGUUCAAACCAAACAACGGACCUAGGAACUUUAACAACAGGAACGGCCAAGACGGCAUGCAGAGGAAUCAAAGGAGCUACAACAACUCAGGAUACAAUCAAUACCAGAACGGCGGCCAGUACCAGAGCCAAGGAUACCAGAACUCAUACAGUCCUCCAAACAUGUACCAACAGCAGAUGCAGCCCAGUGGACAGCCACGUGGAUAUGGCAACGGCGGCGGUCAAAGAAACUACAACAACCAGCGUUUCAACCAGCGUCAGCAGUACACGGGCCCCCCGCAGGCUACCAGCCCGAACAUGUACCACACCGUGCCGCCGCAGGCGUACAUGAUGCAAGCGCCCCCUGCCGCCGACGGCCUGCAGGGCAUCAUCAACCACAAGUUCUUCCAGAGCAGCCGCAUGCCCAGCGCGACGAACCCCUGCGCCUACCAGUCGCUCGGCCAGGGCCAAGCCGCCCCCUUCAACCAGUUCGCCGCACCGAUGCAGUACACCUACUCGUACGGACAGCCGCCGACGGCGGCCGUCCAGCAAUAAGCGCCGCCGCCCGCCUGAUGUUUGGAAGCCGACGGCGUACUCGCUCGAAAAUUUCUGGUAAAUUUUUCCCAAUAUGUUUAAUUUAGUUUAUUUUCUCUAUUGUUCCAACAGUUUCAAUCAAAUUGUAACGAAUUAUUAUCUAUGAUACCGAAAACUGUAUAUCCUAUCUGUAUAAAAAUUUAUGUUGUUGAAUUCUCAUUGCCCUUUUGAUUUUGAUUGAAGCUGUGUAAGUUUAAGUAAUUUGCAGAAUAGUUGAUGGGAGGAUGGAUUAAAAAUAAUGUAAAAGGACUGACGACAAACAUUAAGUUUGGCAAAGAACUAAUUUCAGGUGAUGGUUGCACUGCUUUGCUUGAUGUUAAUUAUUGUAUUCCAUGCAAUGGCUCUCCUUAAACUAAUUCUAGGUGUUUGUAGCUGCAGAGGCGAGACUACUCGUCGUUUUCAAUUCUACUUACUUACUAUGUGUAUGGCGUCUUUGCAGCACCCCCAUCCCCUCUAAAAUUAUAUUUAUCCUUAGUACAUAACUGUGUGAUUAGCGUAGUGUAACAGUUGUAACUAUCUGUAUGCGGUUGAAAUGCACGAAACAUAUAGAAGGGGAGUUUGGGCUCGUUUCGUUAUAGUAUUUUAUACAUGCUAUAAGAUGCAACUUAUAAUCUUACUGUAGAUUUAUAAAGAGUUAUAAAAAAAGAAUAGUAAGCAGUCAAAAAGUAAAUAAUAAAUAUUUCGAUAUACCAAAGGAUCUAAAAUAAGUGCCCGUUGUAUUAUAAAAGGUAGUUGAUAAAAGUAUUUUUAAUUUUGGAAAGUUCCCAGUCAUAUUUUUAUAGUGAUAAACAAAUGUAUUGUUAAACGUAAAGGACGAAUAAUAUAUUUUAUAAUAAAUUUUUUAUGGAAUAAAGCAUAAAGAAGAAGUAAACUAAGGUUUAUAAUAGAACGAGGUGCGUCGAAACGAAAAGUUAACUGGUAACUAAACUGGGUUACAACAAAAUAACUAGAUAGAAAUUAUAGUUUUAUUUAUUCGGGAGAGCUUAUGUUUAUGUUUGUUUACGAAUAUUGAUGAUAAAAAUUAUUGCCUCGGCAGUCAGUACUAGCUUUGAAGUAUGGAUGUUUGACUGUACCGGAAUAAGCCAGAGUGAGAGUUUAAUGGUUUUAAAAAGUACGUCGUGUCGUGUGCAAGUGCCCCCCGUUUCUCCUCCGUACGUUUGUUUUUUAAUUUAUUAUUGCGGAUCUUUGACAUGACUGCUUGUGUCGUGUACAUAUGUGUAGUAUUAAGUAUUAACUCGUUUGUCGUUUAGCGUGGUGCUGAAGAGCGCACGUGUCAUCUGUGAUAUUUAGCGAGUAAAGGUAGCAACAAAAGAAUAAUAACAUUAACUUUAUAUCCUUGUCUGGAGAAAACGCCGCCAAGCAUUUUCUAUCAAAUUCCACAAGUCUAGCGAAUCGUGUGCUGCUCGAUUUCAAUUCAAACUAAACUAAACCUAUUUACAUUUACACUACCCACCUAUUCAAAUCGAUGAUUUUUCUUGAUUGACAUAAAUUUAUAACGAAGUAACAAAAUUUAUAAUAUCUUAACGUAUUAUAAUUGUAGAUUGAGAUUUGUUGGCUGUGGAUAUUGGUAGUACGGUUUAGCAAUGUAUAAUAAACAUUGAUAGGAAUGUGAUAUUUUCUAUUAAGACUGAAAUAUCUCUAGAUAUAUUUUUUUUAUUCUUAUCUACGAUGACUGUAAUAAGGGGUCGUCAACCAUUACGUUAACUAACUGUUUUACCGUUCCAGUGUGCUUUAGUUUUUUGGAAGGUAACAAACAGCGUUUCUCGGACUGAGUAGUGCAUAACAAAAAAUAAGAAAAUUGCACAAAGUUAUAUCAUUAUUCUACAAUGUUAUCAUUCACGCCAUUGCAUCGUAACGAUUAACGAUUUUAUAAAUAUUUAAUAUUUAAUGAUCAUUUUUUUCUCAAGUCAAUUCUUUUUGUGGUGUUUUAUUGAACUCAAGUACCUAGAAUAUAUUUAUAAGUCUAGACCAGAAUUGUUGAUAAAAAUCAACCGUGAUCCUCUAAAGCGCGAUUUUGGUCAUGUUUAUUACAAUACCUACUUAUAUAAUUGCUUCAACAAUUAGGUUGUUAUACAAGGCCCCACAUUAAAACUCUCUUAAGAAUGAAUAAUAAUAUUAAAAUAAUUAUUUAUAUACUCUUCUGUAAGUUUCCAGCAAGUGCAUUUCUUGUAUGUAAUACAGUAUUAAUAUAUCCUAGUUGUAAUUUCAAAUAUAUUUUCAUUUUUUUUUUCGUAUAUAAUUAUGUUAUUUGUUUGAUUUUUAAAUUUGAUGUAAAAUACUUCAAAAUAAAAAUCUAAUAUUCAAAAUAGAUGUUUUAUUUUUAAGCUAGUAAUAUUAAUGUUCUCAUUUAUCUUAAAUACAUGUCAACUUUUCAGACAAAUUGUUACAAAUAUUGAUGUUUAUAAAAAUAAAUGGAAUAUGGAA